CUAUUACAGAGUAUCCAAGGUGAUCUCCCACCAUUAUUGCAGCCAAGCUCCAUAUCACCAACUUUUAGCGAACACUCGAAAGAAGCCUUGGAAGGAGCGGGGGGCGAAGAAUGGUAGCCGUCUUCAACAAAGAUCUCCUGAGCUGGUACCUCGUCACCCUCAAGCUCAAAGAAAAGGUGGAAGGCAAAUCCCAGCCCACCACCCCCGCCUCCAAAGCCCCUCCCCUCCUCACCCAGGCCGGCGAGCCUGCCGCUCCCCCAAACCCCCCUCAAGACUCCGAAUGGGUCAUCUCCAUAAGAGAGAAACUCGAGCAAGCCCGGCAGCUGGAGAGCUUCAGCCCCUGGGCCAAGCUCUCCAUCUACCGCGUCCCCAAGUCCCUCCGCGAGGGCGACGAGAAGGCCUACUUCCCCCAGGUCGUGUCCAUCGGACCCUACCACCGCAGCCGCCGCCGCCUCCGCGACAUGGACAGCCACAAGUGGCGGGCACUCCACCACGUCCUCAAGCGCACCGGCCACGACAUCCACCUCUACCUCCACGCCGUCAAAUCCCUCGAGGACAAAGCCAGGUCCUGCUACGAAGGCCACAUCCAUCUCUCCAGCGACGAAUUCGUCGAGGUCAUGGUCCUCGACGGCGUCUUCAUGCUCGAGCUCUUCCGCGGCGCCGCCGGCGAGGGCUUCACGAGCCUGGGCUACUCGCACUGCGACCCGGUCUUCGCCGUGCGCGGCACGAUGCACUCCAUCCAGCGCGACAUGAUCAUGCUGGAGAACCAGAUCCCUCUGUUCGUCCUCGGCCGCCUGCUCGGUCUCCAGCUCGGCCUGCCGGAGCAAGGCUGCGGCCUCGUCGCCCGCCUCGCCAUCCAAUUCUUGGACCCCCUCAUGCCCACCUACGAGCCGCUCAACCAGAGCGACCGCUUCAAGCUCGAGUUCUCCGCCGCCGCCUUCGACCCCUUGUCCGAAGGCGGCCUGCACUGCCUCGACGUCUUCCGCUGCAGCCUGCUCCGCGCCGGCCCGCGGCCGGCGCCCGGCGUCUGGCUCAAGCGGUGGUCCGACCGCGCCCGCGUCUGCGACAAGCGCCGCCAGCAGCUGGUCCACUGCGUCACCGAGCUGCGCGAUUCCGGCAUCAAAUUCCGGAAGCGGAGGACCGACCGGUUCUGGGACAUCGAAUUCAAGAACGGCGUGCUCCAUAUCCCCCGCCUGCUCAUUCACGACGGCACCAAAUCCUUGUUCCUGAACCUGAUAGCCUUCGAGCAGUGCCACAUGAAUUGCAGCAACGACAUCACCUCGUACGUGAUCUUCAUGGACAAUUUGAUCGACUCCGAGGAGGAUGUCCGGUACCUGCACUACCGUGGCAUCAUCGAGCAUUGGCUGGGGAACGACGACGAGGUCGCCGACAUGUUCAAUAAAUUGUGCCAGGAGGUGGUGUUCGACAUGAACGACGGUUACUUGUCCGGGCUCUCGGGGCAGGUGAACAGGUAUUACAACCAUCGGUGGAAUAGUUGGAGAGCCAGCUUGAAGCAUAAGUACUUCAACAAUCCAUGGGCGAUUAUUUCCUUCAUUGCUGCUGUGGUUCUUCUGGUGCUAACUCUCGCUCAGACAUUUUAUAGCGUCUAUGGCUAUUACAGACCAAACUCAUGAACGGGAAGAGCUAUAUGGUGAUGGCCAUCCUCUCAUUAGAGAGAUCCGUAGGCUAGCUCAGGAGAUGGGUGGCUUGCAGGCUGCACAUGUAUUUCGGAAGGCGAACAUGGCAGCAGAUUGGGUCGCCUCCUUCGUUGCCCGGCAUUCCAGAGAUUUUCUUUGGACUUCUAUAGGAGGCAUUCCCUCUCCUUUGUACUCUUUACUUUUUCGUGGCUUGGCAGGAUGUACUCAAGUUAGAGCUACA